CACCUGUAGAUCUGCACUAGUUUUCAGGUGUGAUGUUUUUGGGAAACAGUUUGUGAUUCUAAGAUGAUGAUCAUUUCUGGGAAAGCACUUCUUUAAGAGCAUCAUUUCAUCCUUUAUUGCAUUAUGCUUUGACAAUAACUCUCCUCAAUUUUGACUCUAAAUGCUGUGGAUUGUUUUCAUGUGGGUUUAAAAUGAAGAGGAAACAAACCUUUGUUAUUCAAGAGUCAGAGUCAAAGCUAAUUUGCUUUUCUUGUAACUGUUAGGGAAACUUGUCCUCUGAACUGGUUUGUGUAUAACUGAAAUACACCAGUGUCUCAAAACUGACAAUGGCUACAUUUCAUAAAGCUUUUAUAAAAACACCGACUAUCAUCUCUGUUAUUCUGUAUGUCUUAACACUUAACUUGUCAUUCAAAUCUGUCACAUGGGCGACGACUACAGCAGCUAAUCUGUCUGACCCCUGCUACAACUACACUGUGCUGGAUGAACCAUGGAGAGCCACCAAUAAUACAUAUGGCCUACAUUCAUAUUACAUGUGUGACCAAUCAGUCACCUGGAGCGGCUGGUAUCGUCUCUUCAUUAACGGUCUGAGCGCUCACAUCCCAGACACAUGUGUUGCAUGGAGUAGCUGUGGCACUUAUAUAGCACUGUGGAUUCGUGGUGGACACCCAACAGUACAGGAUGGAGUCGUCACUCGAGAUGUCUGUGGUUACGAUGGAGGUUACUGCUGCUAUUACGGGGUUUACCCCAUUAAAGUCAAAGCCUGUCCUGGCAAUUAUUAUGUCUAUGAGUUGAUUAGUCCAAACUGGAUGCGAUUUUUGCAUACUGUGCAGAUGUUAGCAGCAUUAACACCAGCUCUACAGCUGUCACACCAGCGACCCUCUCUACAGUCAUUUGGAGCGGCUGGUAUCGUCUCUUCAUUAAACGGUCUGAACGCUCACAUCCCAGACACAUGUGUUGUACUGUAUAGCUGUGGCACAGAUUUUGCACUGUGGAUUCGAGGUGGACACCCAACAGUACAGGAUGGAGUCGUCACUCGAGAUGUCUGUGGUUACGAUGGAGGUUACUGCUGCUAUUUUGGGUCUUACCCCAUUAAAGUCAAAGCCUGUCCAGGCAAUUAUUAUGUCUAUGAGUUGAUUAGUCCAGCUCUGUGCAAUUUUGCAUACUGUGCAGAUGUUAGCAGCAUUAACACCAGCUCUACAGCCGUCACACCAGCGACCCUCUCUACAGGGUACUCCUAUGAGAACAGUUGGAUAACCGGAUAUCCUAGACAGCAUCAGGAAAAUAUGGACAAAGUGUCAAGCAAUAAUGAGCAUCAAAAGCCACUUCAGGAGCGUGGAGAAGCACCCGGCUGCAGUCUGCAGAUCGAGGCGGAGCUGCAUCUGCUGAAGACCUCAAAUCGACGACGAGAAGCACCCGGCUGCAGCCUGCAGAUCGAGGCGGAGCUGCAUCUGGGGAGGAGCUAUGUUAGCAGCAUUAACUUCAGCUCUACAACCGUCACACCAGUGACCCUCUCUACAGCUGUUACUUACAUCAGUGCCACCUUUCCUACAGUCACACCAGAGACGAGCUCAGCUGGUAUAAAUAUAACGCUGCAGGAAGGAUGCACUGGUCAGACGUGUUUGCAAAAUCUCUUCGAUCAGAUAGAGAACAUUUCAUCUCAAGUGCUCUCUGUGAAUACUGUGACAAACAUUUUGACUGUGGCCUUCAACGCUUCAGAGAAGAUUUUAGAGUCAUUAUCAACAGCAAGCCCAGCUGAACUAGCCUCCCACGGAAACCUUGUGUUAAAAACCAGUGAGAAACUCAUUUCUGCAUUAGUGAAGCCGACAGACACAAGUGACAGUGUCAAUUUUACUCUUCCUGCUGUAGAGGGUCAAGUCUUCAUGGUUGGACCAAAGGUCACCUUAGAUAAAAUCCCUCGACUUGACACGACAAAUUCUUCUGUGAGCAUUGAUCUCAUUGGGAUUGCCAAACACAACACUGAAGAAUCAGCUGCUGUGGCUUUCAUGAGCUACGUCAUGAUGGAGAAUCUACUGAAGCCAGACUUCUUUAACACAUCAAAUGACGACCGAUUUAAACCAAUGUCCACUGUGAUCUCAGCUACUCUUCCAAAAACCACCAACACUAACCUCAACAAACCAGUCAACUUCACCUUCAGACACAUCAGAGAGUUUGAUCCCAGUGGUUCUCUGUCCUGUGUGUACUGGAAUAUCAGCGAGUGGAUUGUAGAUGGUUGCUCUGUUUUAAAGACCAACAGCAGCUACACUGUGUGUUCCUGUGUUCAUCUGUCCACAUUCGCUCUCAUCAUGCAGACCAGCCCCCCACCAGAGAGUAACCUGCUGCUGGAUCUGUUGAAUUUGGUGUGUGUGAUCGUGGGGUUGGUGUUCUUCAGUUUGGCCCUGUUGACCUUUGCCCUUUGUCAGUGGAGUCCUGGAGUGAAUAAUGUGGCUCGAAUCAACAUCUGCAUCAGUCUUCUGCUGGCUCACCUUCUGUUGCUGCUCACAGAGCAGUUCCUGAGCCUCAUACGGCGUCAGCAGGUGUUGUGUGCCGUGAUCGCAGGCCUUCUGCACUUCCUCUUUCUCUCUGGCUUUGUGUGGAUGUUCAUUGAAGCUGUGCUGCUCUUCAUCUGUGUGAAGAACCUAUCACAGAUCAGCUCCAAGAAGAGGGAGGUGCUUAGCACUAGAUUCCUGUGUGUGAUUGGAUAUGUGGUUGCUCUGGUUGUGGUGUGUGUGUCUGUCGGUCUGGUUCCUGAAGGCUACGGCAGUGAACACUGCUGGAUUAAACAUGAUAAAGGUUUUAUCUGGAGUUUUCUGGGUCCUGUGUGUGUCAUACUAGCAUUAAACAUGAUUCUCUUCAUCAAGAUCUUUAUCACUCUGAACUCAACUCUCAAAAAACUGAAUGCUGAGGUUUCACAGAUGAAACAAUCCAAGGUUUUGGUGUUUAAAACACUGGCUCAGUUUGUGGUUCUUGGUUGCUCCUGGAUUCUGGGUUUCUUCACUAAUGGCAGUAAGGAGCUGGAGAUCAUCUUCCUGAUCUUGAACUCCCAGCAGGGAACCUUCAUCUUCCUGAUCUACUGUGUUCUCAAUAAUGAGGUCAGGCAGCAGUACAGGAAGUUCUUCAGAUGUCUUUGCUGUGUCAAACAACACUGAGGUCCACAACAUCAUGUUCAGGAAGUAAAAAUACUGCUGAAGUGCCAUUAUUAUUCAACUUUAGUUUCAGCUCCUUUCUGUAAAUGAUAAAUAAUGUUACCAGUCUUUUGAUGUUACAGCUGUAAAAACUAUUGAUGUAGAACUUCUAAACUGUUUCAUUUAAUCUUUGUUAUACAUGUAAGAUUUUCUUGGUUGUGGGUGAAAAGCAUUUUUUUAGAGACUUUACAGACACAACAUGCAAAUCAAAAUCAUGCAUGCAAAUCAUGCAAAUCAAAAUUAAAUAAAUAAUAAUAAUAAUAAAAACUCCUGAAAACUAUUUCAUGUGCGCAUAGUGAAGAGAAAUAACAUGACAUACAGUUAGAUAUUGAGAUAUGUCAAAUAAUAUGUCAAAUUAAUAAAUGUAUUAAUCUUGCACACUUUUAUUUUAUUUAUUUAUUUUUUUGUUUGUUGAGCUCAGAAAGUUCCCAGAAAGGGAAUGACUGUUUCUUCUGUAAGGACCUAUUUUAUGUUACUUUUAAUAUUCAAAUGUCAAAAUAUAUUAUCAGCUCAGAGUGUAACAGGUUUUAUACUGGGUUUACCUUUAAAGCUAAACUAUUAAAAUAACUAAAUGAACAGCUGCUGUCUCAAAUUCAGUGACUCUGUAUUGUCAAAUGGCUUGUAUUUUUGCAUUAAAACGUGAAUGAUGAUUGAUUUUUGCUUUUGCUCAGGUUUUGCUUAACAAACAAUGUGAUAUAAUAAGUGCAUAUGUAAAAAAAAUUUCCACAUUCCACAAAAGCCCAGAA